AUGGUUGCCUACAAGAAAUCCACCACCACCCUUCUCUUGACUGCCACCCUGGCCGCCGCCCAAAACGGCACUUUCCCUUAUGCCUCACAGGUAAUGGAAGAAACCGACAUCACGUACACCACCGUAAUCCCCUCCCUCUGCGCCACAGGUCUAGUCCCCCAUACUUACACCAUCAAACAACACUGCGACUACGCUCCUUGCGAGCAACCCGCAGUCCCCUACGGUUGGGAAGUAAAGACCAAAUGGUGCGAAGAAGGCUGCGGUCCAGAACCAACCUUCGUCCCAGUCACUGAAUGCCCCUGGGAAAACCCAGCCCCGACUCCAGCAUGCUAUGGUGAAGGUUGUUAUAAAGACGAAGUCGUCUGCCCGGAGGGAAAUACUUACACCAACUGGUAUCACAUGCCUACCCCGGAGCCAACUCCAUACACUCCACACCCAGAGCCAGAACCAGAGCCGUCCUACCCACCAAAGUGUGAAGGAGAGGGAUGUAACCCCCACCCGGAGCCAAAGCCUUACCCACCACCAGUCCACCCAGAGACCAAGCCUUACCCACCACCAGUUCAUCCUGAGACCAAGCCAUACCCACCACCUGUCCACCCAGAGACUAAGCCAUACCCACCACCAGUUCACCCAGAGACUAAGCCAUACCCACCACCAGUUCACCCAACCCCAGCUCCUGAGCCAACUCCAUAUGUUCCAAGUGGUUGCGAGGGCCCCGAAUGUCCUGGAUUUGUCACCAAGGUCUACCCCGAGCCAGAGGUUCCAUGCAACACCACCGUUCCUCCACCACCAAUGUACACCGGUGCUGGUGUUAAGACCGCUGCUUCCGGUGUUUUGGGAUUCAUUGCUGUUGCCAUCGUUGCUUUCUUGUAG